UCUAAAAGUCAGGCAUUUUUCAUGGGGAUUUUGAACGCAACAAAGAAAGUAAUCCGGAUGUGACGUAAUACGUGCAGACGACGUGAGUGUCAUCGGUCAAGAUGGCGGCGCUGGCGUCCUUGAUGCUGAAGUCCAGAGCAGGUCUGCUGGGACCCGGACAGGCGGCUCUCCUGGACUCCGUGAGGUCUGCGUCCAAGAAGGCCGGCGGCAGCAGCAAGAACCUCGGCGGAAAGAGCCCCGGUCGCAGGCACGGCUUCAAGAAGCAAGACGGUAAUUUUGUCCACGCGGGCAACAUCCUUGCUACGCAGCGGCUGAUGAGGUUUCACCCCGGAGCUCAUGUGGGCAUGGGAACCAACAAGACGCUCUUUGCUCUGGAGGACGGCUACGUCAGGUUCACCAAGGAGGUCUACGUCCCGCCCCCCCGCAGCCUCGAGUCCACCCAGGUCAUCACCAAGCUGCCUAAAGGAGCCGUGCUCUACAAGACCUUCGUUAACGUCCUGCCGGUCAAACAGGAGGGGAGGUUUAAACUGGUGGACAUGGUCUGAAAGAGACGGACGUUGCUUUCCCCCGGGGACCUUCGAUCAAUAAGGACUUAACUUUGACACUUUUCCUGAUUUGUGGACACGGAGUGAGGAGCGUACUGUCAAGCCAAACGCUGGGAGCAGUGAGGACAUCUGCACCCGCUCGGCUUCCUCCCUCGACUUCUACCUACAAAAAGGAGUUAAACUCACUGUUCCAUCCAUUUUCAUUUAAAUUACUCAAAAGUAUAAAGAGAAACACUUCCAGUGAACAUUUGACAGAUUUAGUUUUAUUGGAGUCAAUAAUGUGAUUUACUGUAUCUGAUAUUAUCCCAAUCUAGUUCAUCAUAUGGGUGUUUAGCUUUGGGUAAAACUGGGUGGUGCCAUUUGAUAGUCGCCGUUCACUGGUGCUGUAAUACUGAACUAUAUUAAAGUUUUAUAUGUAAAAGUC